CUUCAUCUUGCUGUUUGGAGCAGCUGGGCUUGUUGUCUUCAUUCACCUGCAGGAUCCAGAAGAAAUAGUUCAUCAGCAGACACCAGUUCUAAUGCUUGUGCACCACAAACUUCCCUUGGCCAUCUGUGGAGGAUGCUACAGCAGAAGUAUUAAGCAUUUUGUUUGCAUACUCUGGACUCAUGUGUAACAAGCAUGAGGUAGAUCAAUUAAGAGAACUGCACUCCCAAAAAAGUGAAAUAUGGAAUGAAAUAAUGAGCAAUCCUGCAGCACACACAAAUGCUUUUAGUGCUGAUCAAUCACUUCACAUCUCUUCUAAAAGAAAACAGAGCCGGUGCCACCUGGCAGAAAGCUGGCACUCCCAACUGUCACCAAAACAAUUAGCUCACCUGUAGAUUCCCAGCCUGGAUGCUGUAGAUAAGCUGGCAUCAUGAGGCAGGUGCUGCUGAUGGGCUGGUCUCACAAAGCAGGCUCGAGCCAUGCUGCUGCUCCUCCCACAGGGAGCACUUGGUGGGGUGGGUUCACCACAUCGUCACUCUCACCAGGACUUCAGCAAGCUGAUCUAAAGACAAAAGAAGAAAUUUUAAAUAUGAAGUCAGCUGAUAUAUUAUGUGGCAGUUUGAUCCUGGGACUUUUGGCAUCACUGAGAUUUGUCAUCUGGAAGCAACAGGAUGCUGCUGAUCUCCACGACAAGCCCACAGUUUGCCCUAUACUAAGAUAGGGGUUUCUCUUCAUAGCAUCUAAAAUGUAUAAGGAUAAAAUAUAACAUGGGACUCCAGCAACCAAAAAAAGACUGCGUUUCCAGCAAUAACCAGGAUAGAAGAUUAAGAAAAAGUACUGCAGACGGGGUAGCAACAGUAAAGCUGAGUGGUUCAUUACACCCAUCUGAAAAUGUGCCCUCCAAGCUUCAAAGCAUAGACAGAAGGCAAAGCAGCACAAUGUUUAUGAAGGAUUACCAAGAGAAAAGUGAGGAAACUAAUUCAGUGAGGCUCCAUAAACGGAGGAGGAGGUUUGUAAUUAAGAAGAGCCCAAUUCUGAUUUCCAUGAACAGUUCCACUCUCAACUUGCCCACACUUAAAUACGACGACAGAAAUAACAAAUGGAAAAGUCUCUACCAGAUACAAAGCAAAAGAAAGCAAAUAAUGAAGGAAACUUGUUCUAAGUACAAGAGUAAUAACAGAAGAAUAAUCACUCCUUACCACGUUUCUAGAAUAUUUGUAGAAGACAAAUACAGAGUUUUGUACUGUGAAGUACCAAAAGCUGGCUGCUCUAACUGGAAACGGGUGCUCAUGGUUCUCAAUGGGCUGGCUUCUUCCACUAAAGAUAUACAACACAACACAGUGCACUAUGGCAACUAUCUAAAAAGGCUGGAUGGGUUUGACCGCAAAGGAAUUUAUCACAGGCUCAACACUUACACAAAGAUGCUUUUUAUUCGGGAACCUUUUGAAAAGCUGGUAUCUGCAUUUCGGGACAAGUUCGAACACCCAAACAAUUACUAUCAUCCCGUAUUUGGAAAAGCCAUCAUUUCCAGAUACCGUGUCAAUGCCACCAAAGAAGCAUUAAGGACAGGCUCCGGAGUCAAAUUUAAAGAGUUCAUUCAAUAUCUCCUGGAUGUACACAGGCCAGUGGGUAUGGACAUCCACUGGGAUCACGUCAAUAGGCUUUGCAGCCCAUGUCUAAUAGAUUACGACUUUGUGGGGAAAUUUGAAAGCAUGGAAGAAGAUGCAAACUUUUUCUUGCACCUAAUUGGUGCUCCACAAAAUUUGACUUUCCCUAAGUUCAAAGAUAGGCACUCCAAUGAAGAAAGAACUACCACUAAAAUCACACAACAGUACUUUGCACAGCUUUCUCCCUCUCAAAGGCAACAAAGUUAUGACUUUUACUACAUGGAUUAUUUGAUGUUUAACUACUCAAAACCUUUUGAAGAUUUAUACUGAUUUGAGUGCUGGGACACUUCCCGUUUCAGUUGAACUUCAUUACAAACCCAGGUGGCUUCUGUUUAUACACACGUCUGUUAGUAAGAAUUGAUCAAAGAACAGGAAAACAAACCUAAAACAGAACAUAAGUGGUUAGUGAUGUUUACACCUUCACCUUAAAUGCCUCCUUUUUCAAAUCAUUUAUGACGUGUAAGUACAUACGUGUAUAAUAAUACUAUAUGUCAGGGCUCCCAAAUAAAGCACAUAAUUUUCCAUGCUGGUAUGGCUUGUGUUUACAGUGAAGGACAGUUUGGAACUGGGGGAACAAAGCUGUAAGCUCGACAGCAAAUGUAAUAUUUUAAGUUCUUCACUAGUUAGAAAAUGAAAUCUUUGGAAAUUACAGGAUAAACAAAUAAACAAAUAUGGAAUAGAUAUACUUCAUCAAAAUCUGCAGCGCACCAAGCACACACUAAACAGGCAUUAUGUAUGAAGUUGGUCAAAUAUUACUUUUUCCUCAUAAUUUAAUAAAAAAAAAAGAAAUUAUCACACUGUUCAAAAAACACAUUGGUGAAAACAAUUAAUACUCAGUCACCAUGUGAGUGCAGUAUUAAACCAGAUGUUCCAAUUCAGAGAGAGGAUGCGUUCUCCCCAUUUAGUAUCUCCCUUAUGGCAUAUUCAUCUGCAAGCAGAUAAAAUGCAGGCGAACAUUUGCAUCUUUAUGCAUGUUAUUAAGAUUCUUUUAAUCCUUUGCAUUAACAUAAAUCUCUGGUUUAAUCUUCAUAGUCACCAAGAAUAUCAAAUCUUUUUUUUAUAGUAACAAGUAGGAGUAAAUGCAACUUCCUGCCCACCAGGAUAGUUCUUUUCUUUGCUGCAAACAAUUUGCACUUGUUUAUUUCGGUAACAAUUAGAUUCAAUUUCACAUGCAGAAAAUAUUCUAACUGUUGUCAUUCAGCUGUUCCUUUUCUAUAUAGAGAAGACAGUCUCUAAUUUUCCAGCAAAAAUCUCAUGGGAGAAUAGAAUACCGUACCUUCUGCUGUGCCUUUGUUAAUCUUCACACCUACUCUGGAUGUGGUAUCCUUGUCUACAUGUCCUUUAACCAUGUGAAAUAAAUAAUUUCAAUAGUUCAGAUGGAAGGCUGUACUGGACAAGUCUCAAAUUCUACAAUACUGUUGAACUUAAAUGUCUCAGUAAUUUUAAUAAUUUGUAUUUUGCAACCAAUUUCAGAAUUUCACCAGAACAGGCACUGUACAAGUGUACAAAUAUCUAAGGUGUUUUUUCCUGAAUCAUUUUACAUUUACAAAUGUCCAAAUAAAACAAAAACUACUUAUACAGAUAGUUUUGUGCAUCACACGUAUUGAUUUACACCUCGCUUUUCCUUCAAACAUCCCACGUUUCUUUGUUGCUCUCAAUUAUAAUAGAGAAGUGUCUAAAGU